AGAACGCGAGAGAACUGUUCCACUGAAGCCCAUCCAUCUGCAGAAUCAAUUCGAGAAAUAGAGGUAGCAGUAGGGGUCACCUCGCCGGGGUGCGUUACAUAUCUCCAAGCUGCGUUUCACGGAUGAACACCAACCAGAAAAAUGUUUCAGGAGAUAACAAUCCCCAUUUGAUCUGGGUUAGUCUUCUUGGCAGUUACCGUGAAGUCGGCUGGAAAUGAACUCUGGAGAUACAUGUCGGUGUAAGAGCAUUCAUGAGAAGAGUCGACGCAUCUCCUCCGCUUUCCUUCCCAUGAGAAGUUUGACCGGAGCUGGUUGAAGGGAGGCUUCCCGUGUUUCCGAUUGGCUGGUAAAUAUUUGUAGCUCAAGCAACUGGAAGACUGUUUCACAGGACAGCGCGGUAAGUGGUGCGUCCUUCUCAUCCUGGUGCUAUUUGUUUGAAAUCCUAAUUAGAAUGUCUAAUGAAAAAUGGCAUUUGUCUCGUGUGUCUGCGCUAUUACGCCGUCACAAUCUGACUUCAUUGCACUUAUUUUUAUAGGUAGGCUACCACUUUUUGACUUAAUGUGUUGUGAAUAAUUAAUAUCGAAUUAAAGGCCAAUGAUUCCUCCAGAAAAUGUUCAUCCGAGUGGAAAGAGUAUUUUAAUGAAAACGUAGGCUUAUUUUGAUUAUUUUAUGAACUGUGAUACACGUUCAUGUAGGGAACAGCAUUGGUCAACAGUGAACAGGCUGUAAAUGUGGACGGGGGAAUUCACCUCAAGGCACCUGCUGUACCGACAAAGCAUCCUGGUGUAGGGGCGCUGGUUCAUCCUUGAGUGCAGGUUGCGAACUUUGUGUAAAUUCCCUUUAGGUGUACCUGAGAUACUGCGUUACCAAAAAUGGACCGGACAGAUAGACUGAUCAUUGUAAGUGUGCAAUUGUUGCAAAUACAUGCUAGUUUUGAAAAUUAUACAUGUGAAACAUCAUAUACAGUAUUGUAGUAAAACACUGUUUUUUACUGGUUAGGCUAAAUGUAUUGCUGUUUCGUUCCACCAAUACCCAUCACUCCAUACUGAAGGCAACAUUGCCCGGCUAAUGUGUUGAGUGAGUGCCUUAAUAACAUUUAGGCUGUAAACCCUGUGAAAUAUUUUCAUUAAAUAAUCUCAAAAGCUUUCCUUGUGCAAAUUAGUGAUUUUCAUGUUUAGUUUUCUCUGAACAUGCAUUUUAAUUGAUGGAAUAUUGUGUGCAUUAAAGUAUUCAUUAAAUAGUCCUGCUCUGCACCCUAUACUUCUCAGUAAAUUCAGUUGGCUAUUCUGACAUCAUGAAUCUAUAGAACCACAUGUAUAUUGCCCUUUAGCAGAAUACUAAUGAUACAGCGGGGAGCUCAGUCAACACCCCUUGAGAUAUACAGAGCAGUGACAUUUUGUGUGGAGAUGUGUAAUAAGGUAUAUGAGAGAGAAGACAAAUACCAUUUCAUGUAUAUAAUUAUUAAUAAGCAAGAGAUGAAGGAGGAGUCUGGGCUGGUGGAGGGAGUCAGCAGCACAAACAGCCAUUUGCUGUUCAUGCUUGGUAUGAUAAUGUUAAUUUUUAAUUAUUGCCAUUGUGAUAUCUAUGUUUAUAGAGAAAGGGAAGUAAUGUGGUGACCACAUUUAACUCUGAGGAGGGUGGGCGUCAGUUCAUGCUGGCCCCAGUGCUUGACAUGGAAUGAAAUAAGUUGCAUUUACUCCUACAUGUAUUUUUUACAUAAAGGAAAGAUCUGUGAACAACAGCAACUAUUCACACAUAACGCUUGCCUUAUUCAGUAUGUAUGGCAUUUUCUAGCUGCAUUCUAUCUUAGCUGAUUACAAGGGGUCUUUAAGGGGCACACCCUUGAAAAACAAAGCCUAUGUUACAAGUGAACUGACUAGUGACACUAAAUUUGGGUUUUAUCUGAGUUUAAUUUACUGCAAUCAGCGGGGGCUUAUAUGAUACUGUAAAAAAUUAAUUUGUUUUUCCUCAUUGGUUACAUUUGUUGUUGUUGACAGGAACACUAAAUGCAAAGCAAAGUGUGCUCAUUCUAUCAUACUAAUGAACUGUUUAGUGACUUCAGAUGUCACAGAGUGAGAGACUGAUGUUGCUUAUUGGCUCGCUCUCUUCUUCCUUAGGUACAGUUACUAUCACUCUAUGUUUCAGAACUCCCUUGUCUUAAUAAUAACCAAUGUGUUGCAGCAGCAUGAAACAUGUUGGAGCAAAGCAUAACCAGUAUUACCAGUGAAUGCAAGGUUGUGAUUUGAGCAUGUAUUUGCAUUCUUAACCUUUGAGAACAAUAUAUUGUAAAGAUACACUAAGCACAGGGAUCCUCUUGCUGCGGCUACAGAGCUUGAGUUAAAGCUCUGACGCUAGUAAUUAGGCUUGUGACAUAUAUUCAUAUACUAUAUCAUUUAUUUUUACUAUAUAAUUAGAACAAGUCACCCUAACCUGGUGGUCUCGUGGAUGAAAUGAUCCACUUUCAUCCCUGCUGCAGUGACUAAGUUUGAGUCUGAAUAAAGAAGUCCAGACAUUACACAACAUUGACAGAAAAAUGUUGUACUGUACUGAGUGAGAAUGAGAGAAAGAGGUUCAAAUGAGAAGAAUCAUUCGUGGUACACAGGAUAAAGCAGUGCACUACUGCUUCAUAUUGGCCUACUUAAAGCUGCUGUUCUAAUUCCUUGAAAGUAGGUCAAACCCGUUGUUGUGGUCUUCAAGACAAAAAUUAUUCAGGGAGAAAUCAGAGCGUGUUACAUUUGGUACUAGAUUCCGUAUCAUUGACAGAAAUGGGGAUGGUAAUGUGGUUGUGUUCUUUGCUGCAUGGCCUUCACUAAACUCGUCCCCUUGAGCAAUUACAUUCAUAGUGUCACAUCACUACUGGAAAUGAACUGAGGGGGGAGGAGAGGGCAAUAAGUAAAAUAAGAAAGAUGAAUGUGAAGAGUUAGAAGAAAGUAUUCAUUAAAAGGGAGAGAUAGAGGUCAGUAAGAAAGAGGUGGAGGACGAGGUGAAAGGAGACAAAAGGUAUGAAGUAUAAAAGCACCGCUGGAAGGCUUUUACUGGGAAGCAGCUGCUACCAGGAAGUGUUGAUUUUGCAUCCGCAAAUAGGAAAACAGCUUUGCAAGGGAGUAUUGAACUCUAUUGUCUUUGAGGUAAAUAGAGUAGCAAAAGAGUGGAUCAGAUCAGAAAACACUAAGGCUUCUUUCCAAACUUUACAUGGGUUAUCAGAAUAGGAACCUAAAUGUUGAACAUAGUUCAAACAACAGCAACUCCUACUUUAGACAGGAGCUAUAAAACCACUGAAUGAUUAGCAUAUGUGAGUGUUUUUAGUAUUGCCUUUCUUUUGUUCAUUGGAGCCACUCCACAAUCAUGCUUUGGCCCUGUUCACAAGCACUGCAUGGAUACUGCAUAGGUUGGCUCAGGAAUUUCCUGCUGCAAAUUCAUUAUGGAACAUAUUGGCACAACACCUAAAGUCGGUAAUACCAUGCUAGUUAAAGUGGUUCAAGUAAAGUACAUUUACAUCAUCCAGCCAUUGUUGCAUUUUCGCCAUGUACUGCCUACAAAACAACCAUGUGGCAAACAAUGGCACUCUUUCCCUUAUUUAUAUAUUUGUUUACAUUACACCUCUAAUAUUUAUAUGCAACAUAAGUCCAACACAUGUAUUCCACACAUCAUGCAUACAUGUUUGCCAGUUAAAAAAAAGAUAUUAAAAGGUAGUGGAGGUAGCCAAAAAGACGAGCCAAGCUUAGUUAAAUGGCACCAUGUUGGCUCUGCAUCAGAACUGCGUUUGGUGAACCUGAGCACUCAUACUACUUUUUGCAUUCCUAUAGCCUUAUUAACAGAUGUUGGGAAAAAACAAAACAAAACAUGAAUAGUAGCCAGUACGUAAUAAGUUACAUCCAUUUCCCUCCUACCAACUUACAUGGCAUAGGCAGAUCACUGCCAAUAGAGUGAACAUGAGAGCGUAUAUGAAACAGCAGUGCUGUCAGUAUUGGUGAGAUUCGGACACAUAUUUUCACGCUGGUUACAAAACCUUUCCCCACUGAUGGUGAGUAGUUCCUGUCUUAAAAGCAACGGAUGUUCACCAUAUCAAUCUUAUAGUAAAUCGAAUAUCUUCUUAAGUAGAUUUUUGUUUUAAUUCUAUUACCACACUUCACAACCCGGGUUUUUGCUUCAUAGCGUUUUUAUCACAUGCUGUCAGUUACCGGCCGAACAAUACAACAAAGCAUGUUGUUGUGAUAUGUAGGAAUGCUAUCUCAGAGUUCUGAUACUGUGGCUAAAAAAAAAACAAUGAAAACCUUUUAUUCUAAAAGAGUGCACACAUCAACUGUGUCGUUAAAAUGUUUAGUUGUGAUUUAAGUCUUAAGAUCUCGAGAACACAUACAGGGACUAUUGUUUGUGUCUGUGUGUCCCCUCGGCCGGCGCAUGGCUGUUUGUGUGCAGAGGAUGAGAAGUGGGUCACAUGCUUGAAUUAUCCAUUUGUAGGGUUGCAUGCAUCAGUGCCAAGAAGCUGCAUUACGUGGGGGACUUCUGCAAAGGAGACACAGAGACGUUUCUGAAUGAUGGACGUGGGAGCUGAGCAAGGACGCUCUCAGGGGAACGGACGCAGCGACGCCACGGCCAGAGAACCGCACUCCUCUCCCUGCAGAAGCCUGAAGAUGUUUGUGGUGGCUUUGUCAUUUGCCUAUUUUGCAAAGGCUCUGUCGGGGAGCUACAUGAAGAGCACAAUAACUCAGCUGGAGAGGCGCUUUGACAUCCCCAGUUACCUAAUAGGUGUCAUUGAUGGGAGCUUCGAGAUAGGUAACCUGUUGGUGAUAGCUUUCGUCAGUUACUUCGGGGCCAAGCUCCAUCGGCCAAAGAUCAUUGCAAUGGGUUGUGUACUGAUGUCCAUUGGCACCUUCAUUAUCGCUCUGCCUCACUUCAUCAUCGGCCGCUAUGAAUUCGAAACAUCGGUGCGGUGGGUAGUGAACUCAACACAAAACCCCUCUCCUUGUCCGGUGGGCUCACCAGCAGACCUGACUCAAGAUGGUAAACUGCCUCAAGUGCCAGCCACAAGUUGUGAGGGGGACUCCAACCUGUCUAUGUGGAUCUAUGUGCUCCUGGGAAAUGUCUUGCGGGGGAUUGGAGAGACGCCUGUUCAGCCACUUGGGAUCUCUUAUAUAGAUGAUUUUGCUCCUGAGGAGAAUGCCGCGCUAUAUGUUGGCUGUGUGCAGACCAUUUCAGUGGUUGGACCUGUGUUUGGCUACCUGUUAGGCUCCCUAUGUGCCAAGAUCUACGUGGACAUUGGAUUUGUAAAAAUGGAAACUAUCACCAUCACCCCAGCAGAUUCUCGCUGGGUGGGGGCCUGGUGGCUGGGCUACCUCAUAGCUGGGGUCAUCACCCUGUUCUCUGCUAUCCCAUUCUGGUUUCUGCCCCGCUCCCUACCCCUACCCGUAUCAGGGCCCCAGGGCCCAGAGAAAUGCACGCCAGAGCAGACAAGUUUCAUUAAAGACCCUCCUCUUCUGAAGCACAAGUAUCCUACAGAAGAAAAUACUACAUUCAUAGAGAUGGCCAAAGACUUUAUUCCUACCCUGCGAACUCUGCUGGGACACCCUGUGUAUUUGAUCUACCUGUGUGUGACAAUCAUCCAGCUGAACUCUCUCAUUGGCAUGGUCACCUACAAGCCCAAGUACAUCGAGCAGCACUUCAGGCAGUCUGCCUCAAAGGCCAACUUUCUCAUGGGUGUGAUCAAUAUCCCAGCUGUGGCACUGGGGAUGUUUUCUGGAGGGCUACUGAUGAAGAGGCUUAAGCUGAACAUCAUGGGAGCAGCCAGGUUGGCCUUUGGCACAUCUCUGAUCGGUUACUUCCUGUCGCUGUUCUUCUUCGCAAUGAGCUGCGAGAAUGCCAAGGUAGCCGGUGUGACACUUUCAUACAACAGCAUGGACAACAUAUCUUAUGAUAAACACUCGGUGUUUGCAGCCUGCAACUCAGACUGUUUUUGUUCAACGAGUGAUUGGGACCCAGUCUGCGGAGAGAAUGGCAUCACAUAUGCUUCUCCCUGUCUUGCUGGCUGCACCACCUCUGCUGGCUCAGGGAAAAACACAGUCUUCUCUAACUGCAGCUGUGUCGGUGCGGCUGGUAAUUUUACGGCCAGUACAGGUCAGUGCCCUCACAAGGAUGACUGUGACAUGAUGUUCCCGUACUUCCUGGCUCUCUCCGUCGUCACUUCCUUUAUCAUCUCCCUUGGGGGCACACCAGGCUACAUGUUUCUCAUCAGGUGCAUCAAACCACAGCUAAAAUCUUUGGCGUUGGGGUUCCAUGCUAUGGCAACACGUACGCUCGCAGGGAUCCCAGCACCCAUCUACUUUGGAGCAAUCAUUGACACCACAUGCUUAAAAUGGGGUCAGAAAAGGUGUGGAGGCAUUGGAGCCUGUCGGAUCUACAACACCACUGCAUACAGGAUAGCGUACCUGGGUCUGACUCUGAGCCUACGGACUGUUUCGUUCAUUGUUUGCAUCCCGGGCUUCAUUCUACUCGGUCGACAGCUGAGGAAGGAGGAACGGAAUGCCAUCCACGGUGAUCUGGCCAACGGCGGAACAGAACUGGAGGCACUCAGGAAGGAAGAGUUUGUGACUUCUAAUUCUGACCAAUCACAACAAACCCCAGACAACAGCACAGACAGGGAGACACGGCUGUGACAGAUCCAGCAGAACUGACUCACCUCGUCUCCAUCUCUCUCUCUCUCACACACACACACCACAGGUGAAAAACUACAACCAUACACGUACAUAUACACACACACUCAAAUAAAAUUUGCAGGGAAUGACAUGUUGUAUCCGUUCAUCUCAUAUAAAGCAUACAUUCUAUAUUUGUACUACUGAACCUGUGAAGGCUUUUUGAAUUUGACAGGAAUUUGAUAUAACUGAAAUAUUUCUUGAAUGCUUUUAUUUUUCUUCAAUAUAACAAUAUUUUUCACAUUUUAGUGGUUGCACGAGAGAUUCGAUGGGAACUGGGACUUGUGUAGACUACUACCAGCACUUAUAAAGCUGCCUCUUUGGAUUUUUCUUUCAAAUUAACUUUUUCUUCCUGAAAUAACGAGAGGAAACGUGGCCUUAUAAACCAGAGGUGCAGCACUAAAUUUAAACAAAAAAAGUAGAAUUAAGGUGAGGAAAGUUAGAGACAGGAAGUAAGGAUGUAUUUUUAUCAGAAAAAUAGAAAAGAUAUAAAAGAAAUGUGUAUGAAUAUGUAUUUCAGUAACUUCUAAAAGGCUUGUCAGAGGUUGAUACGACGUAUGUGCCUCACUCACUCAACAGUUACCUCUAAAUCAUGCGUCUCACACUGAACAGAUAUAUGAACGCUGUUUCAUUUUGCUUUCACUCAUCUCAGACUGAAUGCAAGUCUUAACACUUGCUCAGAAAAAUGCUUAAUUUCUGACUGACUCUGAAGAGUUUUGUGUAUUACUUUAAGCCCAAAGUCAGCUGUGAUUGUAUUUCACUUUGUAUUGUUCACUUUCUGGAUCUGAACUUGUUCCCCUUUGGUACUCAUACUAAAAAUGGAAAUUGUAUUAAAGUGAGAUUUGCUUACCUUUUUGUCUACUGGAGGCUGUUCAACCAGCAUCAGUGCCAAUUAACUCACAAAUAACAGCGUAUUCAACUUUGUCACGACACUGUUAAGAUUGGACUAAAUCUGCUCAGAAUAUCUCAAUGCACCUCAGCAGUAUAAUACAAUGUUUCCUGUUGAAACAGAUGGCUGAGGAGAAUGCUCGCUCUUUUUGGUGCCUUGGAAAAGGCAGAAUUUGUACUGUUGCAAUAUUGAUAAAAGAUAUCACCACAGGAAAUGUGCAUUUAUGUUAUUGAUGUAUAUAAGCUCUGUCGAUUUGUUUCACUGGUCAGUCUACUUUUAGGUGUGUUUUUGUGUUUGUAUUUCUGAGUGUGCAUAAACCUACAAACAGAAAGAUCAUGGUCUAUUCUCAGGUUUUUCUAUCCAUUUUAUUCUCAAACAGCUUCAUUCCAUAAACAGAACCCAUUUCCUUGAAACAUGUCAUAACCUCUGAAGCAAAAAUAAAUCGACUAGCUACUGUAAGCAUUUCUUUUGUCUUCGUAAAUGUACAGCAUAUCAUUUUGUAAGACUUUUCCAAAAUGGACGUGUACCAUUUUGUUGAUUGAAUCGUCUUUUCAAUUCAGGUUUAGUUUCAGGCACAGACUCGGAGAGGAAGGAAGUCAUUAUCUCAAUAAUGUAAAGCCAUUUACUUGCAUUCACGAAAUCAGAAUGUAAAUCAUUUUCUUGAAUUAUUUUUGUAAAAUUUCAAAGAAUAUCUUAAAUGUAAUACUAAAAUAAAAUUUUUAAUAUCCAAUGAAA